AUGAAGCUUGACAUUCCCGCCACCGACUUUUUCGACGACGUGUCCUCUGAUGACGAGAUCGAGGACCUCCUCGAUGAAGAGAUCGCACCCGGGAUGGAUAAUGCUGGAGACGGCAGCGACACCGAUGACGAGACCGAGGGCACACCAGUCGAGGAAGAUCCAAACGUUCCACAGACCGCAGCCAGCAGCACGGAGAUCGACAAUCUGCCAGAGAUCGUUCUGGAGGACUGGGACCCGCGUCUCUUCGAGCACGAAGGGACGUCGCCGCAGUGCCUAUUGCGCAUCCAGGACGACUUGCUGGAACUCCACGAAAAUCCACUCCCGGGUGUGCUCAUCGAGCGUAAUGAUACCAGCUGGUUCCGCGUGGCUAUGUCGGGCCCCUCGGGCACGACGUACGAGGGCCGCUUGUUUGUCUUUCUUCUACAGUGCCCUCCGAACUACCCGGCGCGGUCGCCACGUGUUCGCCUCGUGAACAAUCAUGGUGCAAGCCUCAGCCCCAACCUGUGCGCAAGCGGCAAGGUGUGCCUAGACAUUCUAGGCACCACGGACAACUGCACCUGGAGCCCCGCGCACAGCAUCAAGACCGUGCUCAUGGCAAUCCAGUCACUGCUGAUGGAGGCGUAG